GAUGGAUCAGAUGAGGAUAAAGAACUUUGUUUGAAUCCUGUACCAAUGGGAACAAAAUUGAAGGGUCUCAUCCCAGCCUACCAGACCUGCUUUCUUUCAGCAGUGACAGAAGUUACAAUCAACGCAAGACCUGAUAGAACAGAGAGGCUACAGCAUUUCCCACAGGUUAUAAAAACAUUUGGUGUUGCCGAGUUCAGCUUUAAUGAUUCAAAUGGGAGGGCCAUAGAGGAAGUUAUGAACUACGUUAAAGUCCAAGAAAUUGCUUCAGGGAAAGCACAUAUCGAUGUGAAAAAUGACAACUUCAACUUCAAGAUAUAUGGAGAGCUAACGUAUUAUGUGGGCUCCUCUAAAAAUUUUGGGUACAUUUAUAAAGGAUCAAAUUUUGAUCAACUUUGUGGGCGUUAUACCGUCAAAAUAAACUGACUAACAAUAUACUUUACAGCUUUAUCAAAUUAGUAAAUUCUCUGUUAUGUGUAUUUUUCAAUCAAUAGCAACCAUGUAACACCAAAAUGUCAAUAAAAAAUUUAUGCAGAUUUACAAUUUUCUGUA